UAACUUCCGCUGUAGCAUGCGCAUGCGUCGCUUAGUCGUCGAUCGGUUGCUCUCGCUCUGAAAGAUGUUCUAUCUUAUUGGACUAGGACUUGGAGACGUCAAAGACAUAACAGUAAAAGGUCUAGAAAUUGUCAAAAAUUCAAAGCGAGUAUACCUCGAAGCGUACACGUCGAUACUCACUGUUGGAAAGGAACAGUUGGAAGAGUUUUAUGGCCGAGAAAUCGUGUUAGCAGAUCGUGACACAACUGAAUUGAAUUCAGAUGUACUACUAGACGGGGCAGAUGUAGAUGAUGUGGCAUUUUUGGUGGUUGGAGAUCCUUUAGGAGCAACAACACACAGUGAUCUCAUCCUUCGAGCAGUACAAAAAGGAAUUCGGUACCAAAUCAUUCACAAUGCUUCGAUCGUGAAUGCUGUUGGCUGCUGUGGUCUCCAGCUCUACAACUUUGGUGAAACAGUUUCCAUAGUAUUCUGGACAGAUACAUGGCAGCCAGAAAGUUUCUAUGACAAAAUAAUUAUAAACAGAGAGAGAGGAAUGCACACCUUAUGUCUUCUAGAUAUCAAAAUGAAGGAACAGUCUCUUGAAAAUCUUAUGAGGAAACAAAAUAUCUAUGAACCACCACGGUUUAUGAGUGUCAGCCAAGCUGCCCAGCAGUUGAUCAAAAUUAUUCAGAGGAGAAAAGGAGAAGGGACAGAAAGCACUGCACUUCUACCAAGUACAGUGUGUGUGGCUAUGGCACGAGUUGGAGCAGAUGAUCAAAAGAUUGUGGUAGCUAAUUUACGGCAGUUGACCAGCAUAGACAUGGGCACCCCACUGCACUCUUUGGUCAUCCCUGGUAACAUGCACCCUAUCGAGCUGGACAUGCUUAAACUGUUUGCCAUGGAUCAUAGUAUUAAGGAGCAACUAUCUGUUUUGGCAUCUGCCUCAUGCUCACAUUAGCAUAAACCUGUUAACAGUCAACCAGAUUCUUACAGGAAAAUAUGGACCUUUUGGUGGGACAAAUACAACUGGCAAGACUUGAGAUGUAAUAUCUGUGGUGUUAUUUUUUAUGUAAGGCAUACAAGUUAAGUUGCAGAAUACAGAUUUCGUCAUAA